GCCCAGGGAAGUGGUGGAGUCACUGUCCUUGGAGGUGUUCAAGAGCUAUGUGGAUGUGGCACUGAGGGAUGUGGUUAGCAGGCAUGGUACGAAUGGGUUGCUGGUUGGACUAUGUGAUGCUGGAGGUCUUCUCCAGCCUCAAUGAUUCUGUUAUUAUAUAAUUCUAAGUGCUUAGCCCCUAACAGAAGUGUGUGCACUUUCGUGACAAAGGAAGGCUCGCCCAUUCUUUUGUGUAUCUCAGUAGAAUGCCAUCCAACGAGAAGGGGUGAUCAUACUGUAGUGCAUACACAGGCUAGUACAAAGGUGCAGAAAGUCUGUCUGGCUUAUCCUAGCCCAGGAUAGGAUGCCCCUUCACAUUAAUCAGCAUGCUGCACAGAUCUAUCAGUGAUAAGGGUCACCAAUGUAGUUUUUAGUGCUUUGAUAGGAUUAUCUGGGAAGCAAACAACCUUUUAUCAUAUCUGCUGACAGGUAAAGAAUUAUCACAUUUAAAAAAAGGAAGGGUUGUAGAUGGUGUAACCUGCAUGUGCUGAGUGGGAGAGCUCUCAUUGUUAUUCAUCAGCAAGUUCAUCCAACAGACUGUGACAUCUCCAUAGGGCUCAGUUAAGGCAGUCCACAUGAGUGCUCAGGCAGUGGCGGUGCAUACUGGCUGAUGGAUCUUUACAGCUGCAGCAUGUGGUUAAACUCUGGAUUCUGCUUGAAAUCACCGCCUCCUCGUUACAGUGUCUUCUGAAGUGACGCACUACAAGUGUUCUUACUCCAUUGUAAUCUUGUUUUGCAUGAUUAAUCUGUUAAAUUUAUGGAUCACGCUGCCUGCUUGCAUUCUCCUGGUUAGUUGUAUAUCAGGCCUAGUAAUUUCUCUCCACACGUAUUGUGGAGGUUGAUACACUUAACAGUUUUUACUUCCAGUUGGAUAUUAAUGCUAUUUUAUUAGUAAUACUGCAGCAAUCUUAUCCAUUGUACCAGUAGGAUUAAUACUUGACACUCGUAAUUACAUUUUAAAACCCUCAGAGUGUAUUAUUUUAGUGUGCUGUGUUGUAUCUCACUCUAAUCAGGUGAUGGCCAUCUGUGCUUUAAGCUUGUUACUUAGGCCUUUGGGUCCGGUGUUGAACUAGCAGAACUUGCAGCAGAAACUGAAAAUUGAAACAAAUCUGUGUAUGUGCAGCACUCCUUUAAUAAGGGCAUUGUUUUUAAGAUCUUCAAACCUGAAUGUGCGUUUAUACAGGUGUUUCUGCUGCUGCUUCCUGCUUUUGCCUUUUUUCCCCUUUGCUCCCACCCCAGAAGAGCAUUGGAGCACUCUGGAGUUCACUCCUCUUUUGCAUGAGAGCAUCAUAUAAAAAAUAUUUAGAAACUCUUUUUUUUCUCAAGUUACGUUUUACAUCCUGUAUUAGUUUCUGUUUUCUGAAGUUUACUGUUCCCAAGGUGAGAAAUGACCAACUUACACAGCUGAUGCAGUUUAAAGGCUGGCACAUUGAGAGACAAAGAAAGUUGCUUCUUUAGGGACUAGCUGUCUCUAAGUGUGCCAGUGAGUGCUGAUGAUCUGAAGGUCAGUCUGCUCAAGGUGCUUAGAAGGCAUUCCCAAAAAUUGCUUCUGGUGUUUCAGUGAGCCUGUGAUUUUAACAACCCGAAGCUGCAAAAGUGAAGAUUCUUCCUGGUUCACACAGAUACUUGAGCCCUGUGUUUCUCUGAGAUUAACAUCCAGUGUUUUAGCAAAGCACUACCUCCUGACAGAAGCCUUAUGUGCGUUCAGUAUUUGACAAAGAACCUUUCCAGAUACACUGCAGAUAUCAAGACGUUGCCACCUAACAUUAAGGAUGAACUAAUUAAAUUAAUGAGUAGACAAGGGCAAAUAACAGAUUCAAACAUCAGUGAGGUAUUGCACCCUGCUGUAGAAUCUUUAGACCUCCGAGAAUGUGAUAUUUCAGAUAAUGCAUUAUUGCAGCUUUGUAACUGCAAGCAACUGAAAAAAAUCAACUUAAACUCCUGCAAAGAAAACAGAUUGGGAAUCACUUCAGAAGGUGUCAUAGCCUUGGCCUUAUCCUGCCCUUAUUUGCGUGAAGCAUCUUUUAAAAGGUGCUGCAAUAUAAGUGACAGCGGAGUUCUUGCUCUUGCGCUCAAUUGCCAGUUCUUACAAAUACUGAACCUGGGCAGCUGCUCAGGCAUCAUGGAUGCAUCUCUGCAGGCGCUAGGAGAAAACUGUAAAUUUCUUCACAGUGUGGACUUUUCAUCUACUCGGGUAACUCUGAUGGCAAUAGGAAGGUUUGUAAGUUCAGUAAAGGCCUACACUGCAUACAGAAAAUACUGGAAACUUCUGCUGCAAAAACACAAUCUACCUCUUACAAUAAGUUUCCUGGUAACAGAUGAUGGUGUUAUAGCACUAGUGAGCGGAAUGUGUUCAAAGAAUUUAAAGGAGAUCCAUAUGGAACGCUGUGUUAAUCUGACAGAUGUUGCUGUGGAAGCAGUGCUCACUUGUUGUCCGAAGAUACACAUUGUUCUGUUCCAUGGAUGCCCGUUGAUAACAGACCGUUCACGAGAUGUUUUAGAGCAACUCAUCAUCUCAAACAAAAUCAAGCAAGUGACGUGGACCGUUUACUGACUGUUUUUUGUCUGCUUAUGUAUGAGUGUAAAGUUUACAGUUAGGAGAGCUGUUUCAGGAAAGAAGCACCUCUAAUAAACAGCUGGUGACUUCUGUACCUGCAGAUUGCUUCUCUGCUUCUUCCCACCAGAGGUCUCUAUUGCCAUUCCUGUCUUUGAGUGCAAGUCUGAGCUUCCCUAGCGACUGCUUAAGAGCCCUGUCUGUCUUUGCAGCACUGAUCAUGAUUCCUUAAAAGGAAAGUUAAAUUACAGUCAGCGUUACACUGUCAUCUCUCAGCCUCCUUGAGCAAUCAGAUUUGGCCGUUAUUAAGCAUGUUUUAGCAUCUUAGCUACCUACACAGACCUGGUCUUACUAAGUCCCUACUCUGAGUUUUUAUUCUGAGAGGAUAAUUAUAGCUUGUUUGUCUGGAGGAAAAAACUGUACGUACCUUUCUUUUGAUGUUAUUGAUGUUACAGGUUUCUGUCUUUAUUUACCAUCGGUAUUUACAGGAGUCUUACACAUCUAAAACUACGGUCUGAAACAUGCAAACACAGAAGAUCUUUGGAAUUAUUGUAGUGUUUAACAAAUCUCAGAAUAGUGCUGAUGGCUGAUAAAAUAAUCUUAUAUGAUACUCAUUUGCUCUGGCUUUCUCCUAUUGCAAAAUCAUUGGAGGGAACAAAGCAUUGGUCUCUGUAAGCAUAGCUAGGAGUGAAGUAAGACCACGUUUAGCAUUGGAGUACAUGAAUCUUGAGACAGAAGAGUUCAGCAAAGUUUGUGUUCUGGUUUAUACAGUUUAUCCCAUCUCCAGUGGCCUCUAGAAGAUGAAAUUGACUGUUUAUGUAUUGUUUGACUGUAGUCAUUUUUUAAAAAAUUGUAAGUGUAGAAUUGCUUGUGACAGAACUGUGGUUUCAUCAUAAUUACGAAUCAUGCUCACUGGCUUUGUUGAAGCAGUAGAACUUACAUAAAGACCUAUAUGAUUUCUGCAUUAAACUUCUAAAAAUGCUAGUAACUUCAGCAGUGCAGAGAGCAGACAGCACACUGUGUUGAUAUUCCACGUUUGGAAAUAGCAGGAUUUAGCUGGGCAGGUCUUACUCGGAUCUGAUGACUUUCAAAAAUGACUGAGUUUAGACAACAGUAAGGAGUGUUUAUUUUAGAAUUUAAUGCUUGUUUUAGCUCAUGCUGAUUUUAAAUGUUGCAGAAAUAAAAGUGUCUUCUACUAACCUAUUUAAAGUACAGUACAAAUGGCAUGGAAGAUAAUGCAUCCAGUAUUGUUAAAGGAUAUUACAGUAUCUGACAAUGAUCUCUGCUUCUCUCUUGAUUAUAUGGCUUAUGGAAGAGCAAGUCCAUUUAGAAAACUUGUUCAUGUGUAACUGAAAGCAUAAUUCCAAAACUCGGGAACAUAAAUCUCUAACUCUUUUUGCAUGAAGUAAUUGAUCUGUUGUGUCUGAUUUCAGGAAGGGUGCCACAAAAAGAGGUGGCAUCAUUAGCUACCAGAAGUGAGAAGAGGCUCCAGGAGCCUCCUGCCCAAAUCAAGGCCAGCUCUGAGCUCAGCCAGUUAACUCAGGGCUUUCUCUGACUAAAUCUCUCAAGUGCUACACUCAAAAAGAAAAUUAUAAAUGGAAAUAUAUAAAGCAGCUUAAGGUGGAAGACCACUGAGGUCUGUAACAGCAAAGGACACUUACAGUGCUAGCCAUUUGCUAAUGUAACUCUGGAUUUGUCACAUUAAAGGCAAAUGCAGCUUACACUGUCCUUAGAUGUGCAUGCAGAUUCAAUGUUCUUCUGCAGUCUUUUCUGAAUGUGUAACUUAGUGCUGUACCUCACUUUGUGCUUUAAAAAAAAAAAACAACAGUGCAUCAGUGUGAUGAGUAAUGCUGCAUUCUUAGGCUUCAAAUUUUGAGUCUCAGUCAGUCCUUCACUUCCAGAGCUCAAGACUGCUGUUUGAGAGGUUUGUUACUAGCAUCCUUCUACUGGAAUCUUUUUUGAUUCAGGUUGAGACACAGUCAUUUUUAAUAGAUGUUUAAGAGUGCAGGAAUGAAGCUGGAGAUGAACAUUGUGUAUGUGCUUACCAGUCCAUAUUUGAUACUGUGCUUGUGUGUUACUGUUGUAGAUUCUUGAGUGAGCACUGCCAAAUAUUUGUAUAUUGCUUUGAAUAUUAAAGCCAGUAAGUCUUCUGUUUGGAUAUUUCUGAAAA